CGGUCGGGCCACCAUUUUGGUUCAGAGAUAUCUCAGAUUGGAGGCAUUGAUGAUUUAUUCUACUGACUGGUGAUCAGAUGUUUCCUUUUAGCGCCAUCUGUUGUCUUACAGAACACACUGACAUCAAUAACUCUAACAUUUAUUGUCUCCUGGUUUUAUUUGCAUAUUUAGGCAUCAGGUUACUUUAGUACGUCGACGGAUCAAUGCUACUAAAGUAAAGUCUGUUCUACAAAGACCAACUUAGCAGUCAGGACCAGGUUUAGUAAAGUAGUAAAGAGUUGGUGCAACCCAUCCCAGAACCCUAAUUAGUAUUGGUAACAUCCGACUUUACCCUACUAUUUCUAACUAAAUGUCUGCUGUGAGAAAGGUCUGUUGUCAUUGUGAGCAUGUAGCUGAACGCGCACACACACACACACACACACACACACACACACACCCCCCCCCCCCCCCCCACACACACACACACACACACACACACACACACACACACUCUGUGCUGCUCACGUGGCUGUAGACUCUUGUACCUGCAGUCAAACGUCUUUCACAGGCUGUAACAUCAGGUACAUUACAGGUGUUUGUCAUUAUAGUUGUUUUAAGGUUAAAUCAGCGUUCCAAAGCUUUUUCCUGAAGGGACCUCUUUCCUAUAUUAUGGAUAUUUCAUAUUAUAUUCAAUGUAUAACAAUCACAGCACAGAACAGCUGAGCAACUGUACAAUGAACCCAAACAGUGAACUCAAUACCUGCAGGAAGUUUAUGUAAAAUGAGUGAUUUUAAUGAAGCAGAUUAUUUCCUCUGAAUAUUGAUCAGAGAUGAGUUACUGAUAUUUUAUACAAUUCUGUGUCUGUAUUAUGCGUUUGUAUCAUUUAUAACUUAACUUAAUCUUUGGUUGUUUAUUGGAGAGUGAAAGCUCUGAAUAUAGUUUGUGUUCAGCGUAAAUAACUAUCAACUUUUAAAAAACAAAUUCACUUGGUUUUAUUUACAGAAACGAACACAAUGUUGAGCUAUCGACCUACAGCGUCGUCUUACACCCCUUAAAACCUUGCGACCCCCUGUGAUGCUUUGGCGACCCCUAGUGGGGGUCCCGGCCCCCAGGUUGCGAACCACUACCUCCGAUAACGUGCUGAGGGUCAGGGACUGCUAUUUGUCUCACUUUGUCCAGAAGAUGUGUUUUUGCUGACGGGUUCCUUCCUGUUUAAUCAGAAGAGAGAAUUUGCUGACUGGUUCCUCCUCGUUUCACCAGAAAACUGAGGGAACUCAGACAAUAGGAAUCAGGGCAGGAUGAGCAGCGAGACCAGGAGGGUGUCAUUGAAGGGGUCAUUAAGCCACAAACUGCUGACGAUCCGGAGAUGCGGUGGGAACACCAGGUCCAGGGAGCAGAUCCCAUUAAUCAGUGCGAAUCGCAGCAAACACAAACGUUCCAGCGUUCUCUCGGUGCGACGCCGACCUCACGACCCUCAGCAGUUCCUAAAGCGCUUCAACUCACCAGGAACUGUUCCCUCAGUGGCAUCGCUUCCUAUGAAACGAUGCCAGGGUCAUCACCUGCACCUGCUGACAGGGUUCCCAUGAGUCCUGGAAAACCUGGAAGUUGAUUUAAAAACACCAAAUAUCCUGGAAAUGGUAGAUUGUGCUUGUAUUCACUCAGAUCUACGCCUCAGACUGCUGGUAGAAUAACCUGCGACACGCAUUCAAAGCAGGUUUACUUUUUCCUUUACCUAGUAAUGAAUAAAACUGGGGUUAACUGGUUGUCCUGUACUGUCAAUAAAUCUUCUGGAAAAGGUCCUGGAAAAGGUCCUGGGAAAGGUCCUGGAAACGUGUUAUUUCUUAAAAAGAGGGGGAACCGUGAGCUGAAGUGAAGCCAAACUGCAGCUCGCUUUUUAAUAGUGUUGAAAUAAAGUGAUAAUGAGGAUGUGUGUGUACGUCUAGGUUAGAGAGCCCCUUUCCUCAGUGAGCACCAAUGUGGCCCCGGGUUUCCCACCUCCCACUAUACUGUGCAUGCCACUCACCGUGCCCCCAACAGCUCGGGGGUGGGGUGGGGGGGCUUCCUGGCAUUGUUUUCUGCUAUGUGAGGAAACUCAUCAUCACUGAGUUUACACAGACUGAAAGUGAACCCCUUAAAGGUCCAGAGUGUAACAUUUAGGAAGAAUGGAAUAUAAUGGCCACCGUAGUUUCUCCUGUACACUGUGGAGGCUGAGCGGUAUUCAGUUGGUUGCAAUCUGUAAAUCCUACACACUGGUUCUUAAAGAUAAGCAGUUCCCUGACCUGAGGAGAUUUGGUUUUAUAACCCCUUAAACAGAAAUGAACCUGAACCCUGAACUCACUCGCUGGGUGAGAUGUGGAUCAGUGCAGGUGGACCAUGUCUGGAUAUUUUGAUAUUGUCCGUAUAUUCCAGCUUUUAUAGGGAGGAAGUGGGACGUUUAAUGUGAAGGAAACUGGUUUCAUUUCUCUCUGUGAGGCCUGGAGAUAUUCCUGAAGGUCUGUUUCAGUUUAAAGGUUAAAUAAGACGAAAUAAAUGUUUCAUUUAGAGUCAUCAGAUAUUAAGUUACUGGUUGUUUUUGUGUUCAUCCAACGAGAUAAUUCUGUCUGAACACAGUCUCAACAAUUUACUACAAUUAAUGCACAUUCCCUUACACCACUCCCCUCUACGCACUGAGGAUGUCCUGUGUCUGUGUGUGUGUCUGUGUGUGUGUGUGUCUGUGUGUGUGUGUCUGUGUGUGUGUGUCUGUCUGUGUGUCUGUGUGUGUGUCUGUGUGUUAAUGAGAACUGGGAGGGUAGAAACUCCUGGCUGCUUGAUUGCUCAGAUAGUCCUCAACAUUCGAGCUGGAAGGAGUGAUCUGGAGUCUGCAGGCUUCACACAGAAAACUCUCUCCAGAAGACCACAAGGCCUCAGGAGGGACCGGCCCUCUUCAUCUCCACUACUCAUCAUCACAACAAGACCAUGAGCGCCCACCAGCACAACCACUCAUUAGACUACUUCAAUGGCACGCCAUGGUUUGUCUACGAGUGCACCAUCGAACUGGAUUCGAACUACCGGCGCAUCGCCCUCUUCCUGCUCUACCUGUUCGUCUUCAUGGUGGGCCUGCUGGAGAACACGCUGGUCCUCUGGGUCAACUGGCGCCGACGCCACUCGGCCAACGGGGUUCUCUUCUGCAUCAUCAACGUGACGCUGUCGGACCUGAUGGUGAUUGUGAUCCUGCCUUUCUUCAUGAUGGAGGUGACCAUGGACAAGGUUUGGCUGUGGGGCCGCUUCCUCUGCAAGGUCACCAACCUCAUCUACGUGGUCAACUUCUACAGCAGCUCCUUCUUCCUGGCCUUCAUGACCCUGGAGCGCUACCUGUCCCUGACCAGACCCUCGUUCCCGGCCUUCUUCCCCGUGGUGGGCCGGCGUCGCUGGGUGCUCUGCGGAGGCCUGUGGAUGUUCUCCUUGUUCCUGGCUCUGAUGGAGAACGUCCACGUGGAUCUCCUUGAGUGGGACGAGCCAGGCUGCUACAUGAUGCCCGAGUACAACUACAUCGAAUGGUUUGUGUCCGUGUCUUUCCUCUGCCUGCUCUUCCAGUUCCUGGGCCCCGCUGCCGUCAUCAUCACCUGCAACGUGCUGAUCGCUCGUGCGGUUAAAACUGCGCCCGAUGUGCAGGGCCGGCGGGACGUGUGGCUGGUGCACGUGUACUCCCUGGUGUUUGUCUUGUGCUGGCUGCCCUACCACAUGAUCAUGUUCCUGAUGAUCAUAGACGACCUGGACCCUUACCUCUUCAGCUGCAACACGGUGGAGGUCCUGUACUUCUCCUUCAGCGUGGUGCAGGGUCUGUCUCUCUUCCACUGCGUCGCCAACCCCAUCCUCUACAACUUCCUCAGCAAGAGCUUCCGCAGCAACCUGAUCAACACUGUGGUGAACUACGUACCCAGAGAGGGGACAGCGGACCAGGCGGGACCUGGGACCCAGCCCGGCGCUCCCAACGGAGACGACCCGGGGAAGCAACGCAAGUUAAGUAACGCCAGCACCAGCCAGUCUGACGUCGGCUCGUAAGAGACAGAGAAACUGAGCUAGGAAGAGUUUGGCAGAACUGAAUCCAGUCGUGGUGCUUCAUAGAUUGUGCAACGUAUCAUCUCACUGACUCAAUGCGCCGUUCGUUACAUAACAGACGGGCUCACCAGCACCUUCCUCUAAUAAUCCACUUCCUGUUUUUUUUUUUAAUCAUAUAUCUGAUCAGUUUUAAACGGAGGAAGGCAGGAAAUCUUUGAUGUUUUUUUCCCCCCUCAAAGCGGCUCAACUCCCACAGGAACUCCCAGCAACCUCUAACACGACGGCACCGGGGAAUAAUGGCGCUUCUCCAGGAAUGUGUGUAAACAUCUGUGCUGUCCAGUGCCAGAGAUAAGAGCAGUCCUCGUAAUGCAAAUGUGAUCAUGUAACUGAAUAGACAAGUUUUAUUUCAUUAUAAAUCUAAUCACAAAUGCUUAUUUAUCGUCUUCUGGAUGCUGCUGUCGCCUACGUGUGCUGUAACAUGGUCCCCUGUGCAAACGCAAUAAAACGUUUUCAUCAAA